ACCGACCGUUCGUUCAGGUGAAAGGAGGCUGUGGUGGAAAACACGAGAUGCCCGUGAAGGAGACAUCGGAGAUUCGGGCAUUUCGACGAUUCGGAUAUCCUUCAGUCAAAACGCAGACAGCAUAAAGAAAGAUUAGUCUCGCUUGAAGUGACUACGACACACAGCGUGAUUCGCAGCCGUCGACAGAAGCGCAGAAUAUGAUGCACUCGCCGCUGCUCAGCCAUCGCUCCGUCUCGAGCUUUUAUUACGCGAUUGCUGAGGGGGAAACGAGCGCAACAGUUACCCGUUAUUCGUGAUCACCGCCCGGACUAGAAUCCAGGAGACUGGGAUUAUGUGAUGCGUUAACCUCUGUUAAGGGAAAAGGACGCUUCUCUGGGUGAUGCUGGUGUGUAGUGAAUGUCGCCACCAUAGAGACGCGGUGGCUCGCGCUGCUGAUGGGGUGAAGUAGGUGACCGAGGGUCCUGACUGCGGACCGCAGAGCUAUUUUUCAUCCUGGACGGUGUGUGCCGUGAUAAUACAUGUUAGUGAAAGAUGCAAGGGGUGACGGUGACGGGAGAAGCGCCCACAUUGACUGGGGGCGGAAGGGAGGAGCAGCGUCCCCUCAAGCAGUCCCUGAGUGGCUCGCUGUGCCGAGAGUCCCACUGGAAGUGCCUGCUGCUCACCUUGCUCAUGUACGGCUGCUUUGGCACACUAGGCUGGUGCUCCCUUUACCGCAUCACAGUAAUGGCUUCUGAUGACCAAGGCCCUGCAUACUUCUACGGGGACCGAGCCAGACUCUACCAUGACAGCCCGUGUUCCAACGGCUACGUCUAUAUUCCUGUGGCCUUCCUGGCCAUGCUGUACAUCGUAUACUUGGUGGAGUGCUGGCACUGCUACUCCAAAACAGCUAACCUUGCUAAGGUGGAGAUCACAGAGGUUUAUGACAGGAUACAGCGGUUACAACAAGCCACUCCCUGCAUCUGGUGGAAAGCCAUCAGCUACCAUUACGUGCGGCGUACCAGACAGGUCACGCGCUACCGAAAUGGAGAUGCCUAUACAACAACGCAGGUGUACCAUGAAAGGGUCAACACACACGCAUCAAGCUCGGAGUUUGAUUACUCAAGACUUGGGGUUAAAGAUGUUUCAAAGGAGCUGCAGGGUCUGCUGGAGCAUCCCGUCACCCGGUUGCGCUUCACCAAGUGCUUCAGCUUCGCCAGCGCCCGUGCUGAGACUGCCUACCUCACACAACGAGCACGCUUCUUUGGAGACAACGAAGGUCUGGAUGACUAUAUGGAAGCACGAGAGGGUAUGCACUUAAAAAAUGUUGACUUUCGAGAACAUAUGCUAGCAUUCCCUGACCCAUUACACCCGCCCUGGUACACCCGACGUUGGGUAUACUGGUUGGCCUCAACUUUCCUGCUAUCGUGGCCUCUUCGUGUAAUUGCAGAGUAUCGCACAGCGUAUGUCCACUACCAUGUAGAGAAACUGUUUGGUGAGAAUGAGGAUGCAAAUGACAAUGAUAAUACUGAGACAGGGAACUACUGUACAGGCUUUGACCAUGGCACCGGGGGUCCCACCCUUCGCGUCAUUUCACGGGUCAACACGGUGGAUAUGACCGAACUGGAAUGGCACAUUCGUUGUAACCAGCAUAUGGUGCCAAGCUACUCAGAGGCCUUGCUUAUGGAUUUGGACAUGAACACAAAUACACCGUUAACAGUUGCAAUGGCUGCACGAAUGCGUCGCAAUUCUAGCUACCUACUUCAGAGCUGCCCCAGGUGUCGGCGCUCAACAAGCAGCUCCUCUCUCCCUUCCUGGGUUAGAGGGAAUGUGGCUGCAGGGACAAACUCAUUCCCAAUUAGGCCCAGUGGCAGGCUGUCCCUUAGUCGCAGCGGUUUCUCUCUCGGCCGCUUGCAUACCACAAGAAGCCGCCACCCUUGCCUGUUUCACUCAAGAAGCCUUGGAGGUGGGAUGGGCAGCCGGAUGGAAGAAGGGGGCGGGGGUUUCCUUGGUCUUGGGUUUAGAGUGCCAGAUGAGGAAAGGAGGGGUGUGUUAGAGAGUGAAGGGCUAGAAGAUGAAGAUGUAGAAGAGAGAGGCCAGGAACAAGUAGAGGAGAGAGAAAAUGGAGAGACCAGGGAGGACAAUAGAGACAGGCCGCCCACCUACCAAGAUGCUCUGUACCUUCCGGUUUUAAUCAUUCAUGGGGAAGAGAGCUGUCAUGGGGGGCAUGGGAUUGACACAGGAUAAAAAAACCAGUGUGAUGUAAAGAAGAAUAUUUGAAGUGACUUUUGAAAAGUAGAGGCAGACUGCCAUCAGGGUACAGAUAAUAGACAGGCAGAUUGUGAAGUUAAGAAAGAGACGGGAGUUUUGACCUGAAUCAAGACUCAAAAGUUGAGCCUAAAAUGUCUCUGUGUAACACACCUCAAAAUUUGUUCAUGAAUGUAUGGAACAGGAGUAUUCAAUCUUGCACCUAGAGGUUCAAUGUCCUGCUGAGUGUAGCUCCACCAGCUCAGACACACUAGUCUGGAAGUUUCUCUAAAUCCUGUGAAAGGCAAGCCUGCAACUUUUAGCCAAACAAAAGCAUAAAUUAUUUGCAUGAAGGAGACCUGAGACCAUUAUGUGAUUUGGCUACAAGGUGCCUCAUGUGAUCCAAUUUAGCCUUUGCCUUUUUUUCCAAUGGUUAGUAAUACAGACUCUCUUAUCUUUCAAUAGCAAGAUAAUCUCUUGUUUCUAGUCCGUCUGUAGCCUUUGAUUAGCAGGUCCAAGAGAGUUUUAAUUUGGGUUGGAACUAAACUCUGCAAAACAGUGGCCCUCCAGGAUCAGGUUUGGACAUCGCUGGUGUAGAAUGUGGUAGGGAUUGAAAUGAAAAUAUACAUUGGUCAAGUCAAAUCCAUGUUGAUAUAGACUUACCAUAAAUAAAUACAUGUAGUACAUACCUAGUAGAAAAUACUGAUAGGCAUGAAACAUCAGUGUCCUAUAUCGAUCUUAACAUCCUACUAUUGAUAUCUCUGACAUAUCAUGUCCAUGGCAAACUAAAAGAUCAGUGUGUCCUCCUUUUGACCAUGAGAAUAAUGUAUUUUACGUGAAAAGCUGGGCAUCUGCAACCUGCAUUUAACAUUGCAAAGCAGUUUUUGCAACUCCACAAUAACGUGAAAAAAAGCCCAUGCUAGUAUAGUAUUGUAAAUCCAUUCGUCAACAACCUGCAAGUAGCUUACGGAAAAAAAGGGGCAUCGGAUGUGAACUGCAUUUACAGGAAUCAAUAUUAAGAUUGACUAUUAAAGGAGAUCUGAUAGAAACAAAUGGUUCUCAGGGGGAAAAUUAAAAACUAAAUAAAAUCAAGUAAAAAUAAACCUAAUAAAGAAGGGGUGGUAAAAGAUCAAUGAGUGAAUGUAGGCUGGUGAAUUGUAAUCCCUCACUGUUUGACACUGUGCUUUUAAUCCACUGUCCUGGCUAAUGACUUCUUUUAAUCUCUUGUCCUUUUUAAUUGCCUGGUAGAAGCACAGUGCUUAUGAGUUUACUUAUCUCUGCCUUAGAGGUUUCUUAUGUCAGCCUCAUGUCUACUGCAGCCAACAGAAAGUAGAUCUGUUCAGCAGCAACUCAAUGUAUUCCUUUUAGUUCUUGUGCAUACAUUCUUUUUUCUAUCACUUUCCAUUGACUUCUAUUGUUUUUAUACUGAGGUGAUAUUUUAUAACCCCUUCCCUUAAAACGAACUAAUCACAGAAAUGUUUCUUGCAUUUUUAGAUUUUCAUUAACACAAUACCUUGUAUAUUUCUUUUGAUUUCAGUUUGAACUAUUCUUGUUGGGAUGUCUCUUCAUACAUUUGUAGGCCUGCUCAUUCAUCCCUCCCUAGACUGUUAGAAUGUUAAAAAAAUACUGGAUUAAGCUUGUUUCAGUUUAAUGCAACUGUUGUUAAUAGAUGAACUAGACAACACAACAUAUAAAUAGUGAAACAUUCCACAGCCUCAUGUAGUCACAUCGGUGAUAUGCACAUUGAAGAGCGAACAAGCAUAAAAAUACAUGCGUAGGUCAGCACAAGCACAACGCGUCACCUACUUUACAAACAGUGCAGGGAUUGAGUUAAAAUAAGUCGUCCUUGGAAUCACUGAAAGAACGAAUGUAUAAACACAACCUUGCACAUGGAGAGUAUGUUAAUAGGAAAAAAAGGUGAGGUUCAAAGCUAAGAGCACACACUAAGGGCAUCCCUGUAUUGUUUGUAGGAUUUCUACUAAGUAAAUUAUUGCUAAUAUUUCAACAACACUAGCAUAUCUUUCAGCGAUGAGGAAAUGACUACAGUGGCCAUGACCAUGAUGCUCUUAUUAAUAAAGUCAAACCAUAAACAA